AAAGGAUGUACAGUAACAACUGAGGUAAAUUUUUUUGUUACUUAUUACUUGCGCAACAAUAUCAAAAUAACAAAUAAGACUUUAAAAUUAGAAACGUUAAAAACUCACCUAAGUUGGAGGCGGUAAUUAAACACCGUUUUAAACAAUAAUUGAACUAAAUAAUCACGUAUUAGUUAAUUUGAAUUCUGGCCUAUCACGAACAAUCACGUGACAUCAUUAUCCAAUAAAAAAAAAUACUCGUACGUAAACAAGAAACAAUUGUCCACGCACGCCACAGGAAUGCGCUGGUUUUGUGCUGAAAUUUAAAAAUUCGAUAUCUCCUAAAGUAUUUGGAAUUUCUAAUCUCCGCCGCUUUUAAUGAAAAGAGGAAGUUGAAGAGCAUAUAAUAAAGGUAUUUUCGGAUUUUUAACAUUUUUUUUUCGCAAAUACCGCUCAACUACAUAUGAAGAAAUUUAAAAAUUCGUUAUCUCCUAAAGUAUUUGGAAUUUCUAAUCUCCGCCGCUUUUAAUGAAAAGAGGAAGUUGAAGAGCAUUAUUUAAAGGUAUUUUCGGAUUUUUAACAUUUUUUUUCGGAAAUACCGCCCAAGUAAAUAUUUACCCUUAAUUCCUUGGUCACCUACCCCGACAACAACCUAUUUCAGUUUUUUUUUUUUUUUUUAAACUUAAAUAAAAAUUUCUCACUUAUUCCCAGUUACUUUACUUCAGCUUUCGUUUCCCACCUUUAAAUUAAUAUUCGAACAGACAUAAACAGACACGAUAUACACCGGUACUUAGCCUAAAAUUACUGUACACCUAUCAACUCUCUUUAAACUAUUCAAUUACUUGUAUACAUUCCUUCUUGUCCAGGAACAAAAUUAAAUAUACAAAAUUAAAAUUAAAUUAUUUCUUACAACUAACUUACCGUACACAAAAAGGCCCCAGGUGAUGGCAAAGUCAUGGCUGGUGGCUAUGUUUAUCGGCGGGCAGCUUAUCCAGGCUCCAGGCCUGCCAACUGUAGAAACUCCUGCUUCCAACUGUAGAUACUCCUGCUGCCAACUGUUGCUACCUCGGCCACUCGUUUCCAGAGAGCAGCACUUACCGCAAACGCUCUUCAGCGACUACGAAUGCGUUCCCCGGCAGAUAGCGCGCGGCGGGCUAGCAGUCUGCCACCAGCAGCUAUGGACCUCACACGCAUCUCUUCCCUGCUGGCAGCAGUGACCCUGGCGGCGGCGACCGGCACCAAGACGUGGCUGCCCGACACCAACUACGGCAACCCGGCCAACUGGGACGCGCGGCGCGUGCCUUGCUCGGCCGACCGCGCCGUCUUCCCGCGCGGCGCCUCGUUCUCCGUGCUGCUGCCAGGCGGCAGCACGGGCGUGCGCGCGCUGGUGCUGCCGCCCAGCGGCGAGCUGAUGCUACCGCCGGACUGCGAGCUGGCCGUCACCGGCAGGGCCAGGCCGCGCGCCGACUGCCCGGAUCCCAAGGACGUGGUGUUCUCGCGGCGGGGGGCGGCGCCCUGGCUGCUGCCGGGCAACUGGCGCAGCGACGCCCCAGGGGACUGGCCGGCGACCCCCCACGCGCACCGGGUUCCCUGCCAGGAGGACGCCGUCGUCUUCCCCGGGGGCCGCAGCUUCGGCGUGGAGCUGCCGCGCGAGCCCGUUUACGUGCGCCGCCUCUCCUUGCAGGGCCAGGACGUGAGCUCGGCCGAGUGGUCCGAGUUCCUGAUGUCGGACGCUGGCGAGUGGCAGUUCGCCGCUCCAGAGGAGAGCCGCCAGUUCGCGGUGACGGUGACCGGAGGAUCAGCCGAGGAGGUGGCGGCGUGCGGCGAGUCCUCGGGCUGCCGCUGCGUGUCGGAGGCGGCGGAGGCCGAGGUGUGCCGCCUCCAGGCGCCACUCUGCGGGCCGCCCCCACCUUGCUGGCCAGCCGUGCGGCCGCUGGGACACUGCUGCGAUGUGUGCGGUACCUACGUGCUUCUGGACUACACCGACCGCUUCAGGCUGACCGCCCUGAAGGCAGCCGUUGAGGAAGUGCUGAAGGAGGAAGGCUUCAGCGGCCUGGCUAAGCACGUGGGCAAGGCGGCGGAGACGGGCCAAGUGCAGGUGGUGCUGGUGGACCGCGGCGGCUACAGCAGCGCCCCUGGCGACGCGGCGCGGCGGCUGACAGAGACGCUCUCAAACAGGAGAGACGCGCUGGGGCUGACCAGGAUGGAGAUUCACUCCUCGGGCCCGGCCGUCUCCCCGGGCGGUCCAGCCAGGAUCGUCGGCGGCGUGUUCGGGACGCUGUUCGCCGUCGUCGCUGUACUGGGGCUUCUCUACCUGGUGUUCGUCGUGUUUGACGGAAAACCGCUGCUGAGUCUGACGGCGGGCGGCGGCUACUCGGUGUUCGCGCGCUUCGACAACUCCGCCGAAGAAGAGGCGGGCCGGCACGACGAGACGGCGCUGGAGGCGGCGGCGGCGCUGGAGGUGGCGCUGCGCCGCCCCCAGAAGCCGCCCCACGCCUUCGACAACCCCAUGUUCGGCCAGCGCCCCCCGCAGGGAAAAUCCGCGAUGCCGCCGGUCGGCCGGGAGCCCACGCAGGAGAACCCGGUGUUCCUCGAGAUGCAGGGCCGGCGCAGCUCCACCAGCGAGGACACGGCCGAGGAGGAGUUGUUGUCCAGCCAGGACGAGGACGCCGAGGACGAAGGAUCCCCGUCCGCGCCGGCGCAGUAGCCGCUGGCCAGCGAAUUUUGCCAAGCCGCACACCUGGGGUCGCAUAACACGAGCAUUUCUAGAAGCUUCUAAAAGUAAACGCACACCCUGGGUCACAUAACUCGAGCGUUUCUAGAAGCUUCAAAAAAUAAAUGUACACCCUGGGUCACGUAACACGAGCAUUUCUAGAAGCUUCUAAAAAUAAACGCACACCCUGGGUCACAUAACACAAGCAUUUCUAGAACCUUUUAAAAAUAAAUGUACACCCUGGGUCAUAUAACACGAGUAUUUAUAGAAGCUUCUAAAAAUAAAUGCACACCCUGGGUCACAUAAUAAAAGCAUUUCUAGAUGCUUCUAAAAAUAAACGCACACCCUGGGUCACAUAACACGAGCGUUUCUAGAACCUUUUAAAAAUAAAUGUACACCCUGGGUCACAUAACAUGAGUAUUUCUAGAAGCUUCUAAAAAUAAAUGCACACCCUGGGUCACAUAACAAGAGCAUUUCUAGAACCUUUUAAAAAUAAACGCACACCCUGGGUCAUAUAACACGAGUAUUUCUAGAAGCUUCUAAAAAAAAAAAUGCACACCCUGGGUCACAUAACACGAGCAUUUCUAGACGCUUCUAAAAAUAAAUUUUCACCCUGGGUCACAUAACACGAGCGUUUCUAGAACCUUUUAAAGAUAAAUGUAAACCCUGGGUCACAUAACAUGAGCAUGUCUAGAAGCUUCUACCAACUACUGUGUGCCCUAGGUCUCAUAACACGAGCAUUUCUAGAAGCUUCUAAAAAAGAAUGCACACCCUGGGUCACAUAACACGAGCAUUUCUAAACGCUUCUAAAAAUUAAUUUACACCCUGGGUCACAUAACACGAGCGUUUCUAGAACCUUUUAAAGAUAAAUGUAAACCCUGGGUCACAUAACAUGAGCAUGUCUAGAAGCUUCUACCAAUUACUGUGUGCCCUAGGUCUCAUAACACGAGCAUUUAUAGAAGCUUCUACAAAGUAUUGUAUACCCUAGGCGAAGUAAUGCGAGUAUUUUUUAUAAACUUAUAUUAAGUAGUGUAUACCCUAGGACAAGUAAUUCGAGUAUUUCUAGAAACUUCUACCAAGUACUGUAUACCCUGAGCCAAGUACUUCUACCAAGUACUGUAUACCCUGAGCCAAGUAACGCGAGAAUUUCUAGAAGCUUCCACCAAGCAGGGACAGUACACUAAUGGGUAAUGGUAAUGUAAGCAUUAAUAGAAACUUGUUCCCAUUACUGCACACCUGAGCACCUGCCGUUCGUCGAAUACUGAAUUCCAAGCAUGAACACGUUGUGCCACUAACAAACUUAAACCAUAUUCCAAUAGCAUGUACUCUUGUUGACAUAGUAUUUGUAACCAUUGUCUUUUCAGGAGAUAUUCAAUACUAUAUACUCUAAUAAUCUUUAAAAUGCUGAGACAUUUAUACACACUGAAAAAAAAUUGAUUUCAAACUUCUCAAUUUUUUUUUGUAUAAUAUGUUUAAUGAAUAAAAUGAACGAAAUUACCA